AUGGCCAGAAAGCCCCUUAAAGAAUUCACCACCCCCCUUGGUUCGGGUGCUGGAGUUCCCAAACACAAGAGACCUCCACGCGUUACAGACUCUGCCACGCGACUAGCAAGACCAUUCCAGGUUCCAUUUGCCAACCGAAAACAGGACUCUACAAGAGGGUUACCGCUUCGAAACGCUCGUGCAAAAGUAAAGAGUUAUCUGAUUCUAGACCCUGACUCAAACGGAAAUGCAAUAAAAACACGUAGAUUUGGUUCCUUGUUACCACGAGCCAUGCUCCAAAAUGGUGGAAUAGCUAAGAACGAAGAUACUCUCCGAAGGACGUUCCUGGUGCCGUUUUCGAAAGACAAUGCCAAACGGGAACAGUUUGCUAAUCGUGGCCCACCACCACCAUUGGGUACCAAAGUAGUUCCUAUAAUACCUCCAAGGGCUCUUCACGACCCCAUGAGUGAGUUUGCUAUUGUCUUAUAUGAUCCCACUGUGGAUGUAAUUCCGAAAAUUGAAGAAGAGAAAGAAGAAUCGUCUCCGACACCAGAGGAAGAGGAUAAAGAAAACAUUCCCGAGGGCCCUGUAACAAAAAAGAGAAAGACCCACAGGUCGCUUGCUGAGAUACUUGGUAUAGUGACUAACCCAGAGGAAGCGUUGGCGAAGUAUCCUGAUGUGCCUGUAGUUAUAGACCCCAAGUUGGCGAAGAUCUUACGGCCCCAUCAGAUCGCAGGGGUCAAAUUCUUAUAUAGAUGUACAGCUGGACUCAUCGAUGCUCGAGCUAAAGGGUGCAUCAUGGCAGAUGAGAUGGGAUUGGGUAAGACGUUGCAGUGCAUAGCGUUGAUGUGGACGUUGUUGAAGCAGAGUCCUCGAGGCAAAAGAACUAUAGAAAAGUGUAUUAUAGUGUGUCCCUCUUCGUUGGUGCGAAACUGGGCCAACGAAAUCAUAAAAUGGUUGGGUGAAGGUGUUUUGACUCCAUUGGCAGUAGAUGGCAAGAGCACCAAGAACAGCGAGUUGGGAGGAGCCCUUCAACAGUGGUCUGUGGCUCGAGGAAGAAACAUCGUCCGACCAGUUCUUAUCAUUUCUUAUGAGACGUUAAGGCGUAACGUAGACAAGUUGGCUGGUACAGAAGUCGGAUUGAUGCUUGCAGAUGAAGGUCAUCGUCUCAAGAAUGGUGAUUCGCUUACCUUUACAGCAUUGAAUUCAUUGCGUUGCGAAAGAAGAGUCAUUUUGUCUGGUACACCCAUUCAGAACGAUUUAUCUGAGUAUUUUUCACUCUUGAACUUUGCCAACCCAGGAUAUUUGGGUACCAGAAACGACUUCAAGAAGAAUUUUGAGAAUAAGAUCUUGAAAGGAAGAGAUGCCAUAGCUACAGACAAAGAAAGAGAGGUUGGCGACGAAAAGUUAGCGGAACUCUCUCAGCUUGUAUCUAAGUUCAUUAUCCGUAGAACUAACGAUAUAUUGUCCAAGUACCUUCCUGUCAAAUACGAGUAUGUGUUGUUUACAGGGCUAUCUCCAAUGCAGAAAGACCUCUACAGGCACUUUAUUACGUCUCCCGAGAUCAAGAAGUUAUUGAAAGGUGUGGGUUCACAGCCGUUGAAAGCAAUUGGAAUGUUGAAGAAGUUGUGCAACCAUCCAGAUUUAUUGAACUUGCCCGAUGAUUUUGAAGGCAGUGAAAAAUUCAUUCCCGAAGAUUAUUGCUCUUCCAUUGGUAGUGGAGGCAGGAAUAGAGAGGUCCAGUCGUGGUACAGUGGUAAGUUCAUGAUCUUGGAACGGUUCUUGUACCAAAUUCGAAGCCAAACUAACGAUAAGAUUGUGUUGAUUUCGAAUUACACGCAGACGUUGGACUUGAUUGAAAGGAUGUGUAGACACAAGAAGUAUGGUUCGCUCCGUUUGGAUGGGACAUUGAGCAUCAAUAAGAGACAGAAGUUAGUGGAUAAGUUCAACGAUCCAGAAGGUAAUGAAUUCAUAUUUCUUUUGUCAUCCAAGGCCGGAGGGUGUGGUAUCAACUUAAUUGGAGCCAACAGAUUGAUCUUGAUGGAUCCAGACUGGAACCCUGCCGCUGAUCAACAGGCCCUCGCGAGAGUAUGGAGAGACGGACAAAAGAAGGAUUGUUUUAUUUACAGAUUCAUCUCUACUGGUACUAUAGAAGAGAAGAUCUUCCAACGGCAGUCGAUGAAGAUGUCGUUGUCGAGUUGUGUAGUUGAUGAGAAGGAAGAUGUGGAGCGUCUUUUCAGCGCUGACAAUUUGCGGCAAUUGUUCAUGUACCAGCCAGACACCAACUGUGAUACCCACGAUACCUACAACUGUAAGAGGUGUACCAAGGAUGGACAGAAGCAGAAGGCCCCGGCCAUGCUAUAUGGUGACGCCACUACGUGGAACCAUAUUAACCAUGCUAACUUGGCUGGAAAUGAAGACCUUCUAGUAGCCAACGAAGCUGGGUUUGAAGAUAUUACCUUUGCGUUGCAAUAUAUUUCACAUUGA